GGUAUUGUACUAUUUAAAUGAUUAACUUAUGUCAAAGUGCUGUCAAAUUUUAUAUCAGCCGGUCAAAGAUCAACAAAUCUUGUUUUUUUUACUGAUUAAUUUUAGUUACGCUAUCGUUAAACUAUAUAAAUUAGUGCCUUUAAGAGCUAUAUACAUAAUCAAAGCUAUAAACCUUAAAAUUGACUAUAAGUUCAAAUUGUGUGAGAACUAUAAAAUAAAUAGCUGACCUGAACAAAACCUCUACGCUCUAAUUUAUUAUUUUUUAGCGGUUACAGCGAUUACGUAAUUUGUUUGUUUAUUGAGUUGUGACGAUUAGACGUCCACUUCAAAAUGAAUAACACAAUCUGGGCUCGGCGCGCGAUAACGUGUAUAAAAACUCGGUUUCCUGUGAAAAAGGUUAUUAGUACGACAAGUGCUCGAAACUUUACUGUAAGCUCGCGUAGAAACAUGAAGCUCGUUCAGUUCGUUUACAAAAACAAUCCCAGCGAGAUUCGCGCUGGAAUUCUGAAAGGGGACAGCGUUGUGGACAUAAAUAAGGCGGAUAAUAAAUUACCUAGCACCAUUUUGGAGAUUCUUAGGAAUGGUGACAUUGAAAAAGUUAAAAGAUUACAAUCUACCUCUGCAGCCCUAGUACCUCUAUCAUCAGUAGAUCUGGCCGCGCCGGUGCACGGGAAUGACAAAGUGCUGUGCGUAGGCCUAAAUUACAAGGAUCACUGUGAAGAACAGAAGUUAACACCCCCUGAGGUGCCCAUGAUCUUCAGCAAAUUCUCCAGCGCCAUCGUUGGGCCUAAGGAUGCUGUGAGGUUGAGGACUCAAGUCACUGAUAAAGUUGACUGGGAAGUGGAAUUAACAGUGGUAAUCGGGAAGGAAGCCAGCAAUGUUAAGGCAGCCGAUGCUUUUAACUACGUCGUUGGCUACACCAUAGCUCAAGACAUCAGCGCACGAGACUGGCAGAAGGCUAAGAAUGGCGGACAGUUCUUACUUGGCAAGUCCAUGGACACAUUCUGUCCACUCGGGCCCUGCAUCACCACGAGCGAUGAGAUCGGCGACCCUCAGAACUUGGAGAUCAAAUGCAGCAUCAAUGGAGUCCUCAAACAGAAGAGCAAGACUGACCAGCUCGUUCACAAGAUUCCCAACAUCAUUGAGAGAUUGACUUCGGUAAUGACGCUUCUCCCGGGCGAUAUUAUCCUCACGGGAACUCCGGGCGGCGUGGGCAUGUACCGCGACCCGCCUGAAUACCUGAAACCUGGAGACGUCAUACUCAGCGAGAUACAGAACAUUGGCGUCCUGGAGACCAGGGUACAGGCGUUUUAGAUAAGACUGUGAUUCAUCCAUCCAUCCAUCCAUCCAUCCAUCCAUCCACCCAUCCAUCCAUCCAUCCACCUGGUUCGUCUUCUUAAACCUUCACGCACACAUCUCGCCACCUUGAUAUGGGACACCCGACAGAAGCGAAACUUCUUAUUGUAAUUGUUUUUUAUCUCGCAAACUCAAACAGUUCCCACAGUAAUUUUAGAAACAUAAAUCCACGACGAAGUAGCGGGCAUCAUCCAGUAUUAUAUAAGAAGCUUUUGCCCAACAGUGGCAUUUUGCUUUAUUUUGCAGCUGGAAAAACUGCAUCAAUCGUCAUUUCUCAAUCUCAAUUUCUUGUGAUUGGCUGAAUUUAUGGUAUCCUUGGUGCAAUAAUGCAUUGUAGCCAAUAGUGAGCGAGCUACUAAUUAGAGGUGAUUUCGAACGUUAUAUUUCAGCUGUCAUUCUACCGCAAUAGAGCCACAGGGUAGCGACAUUUUUCCCGGGUGACAUACGGCCGUAUUCACAAUCAUUACUAUGAGUUCUCAUAGUGCGCUCGAAGGCAUAGUGUAGGUUCCACCAAUCAGAUCAUCUAUUGACGUGACACAGUCAUCUGAUUGGUGGAACCUGCACUGUGCGUUCCUAUGUCCAAAUGUUACUAUGAGACCUCAUAGUAACAUUUGUGAAUAUGGGUGUGAAUCUUCAUUCACACACACAUCUUGCCACCUUCUUGUCACAGGACAGAAGGGAAACUUUUUACUGUUUCAUUCCACUCAACAGCCGUUCUACUAUAAUGUGUACAAUUCACUCUAACCACACUAAACGCUACGACAUUUAAAUAUGUUUGCUAGGGCCUAGGGGUGCUUUUCAAUGCUUCGUUCGUCUGUUUUAUUUUUUACACGUUAUGUCCACAUCUCAUACAUCCGUUAAUUUUCGCUUCAAUGUGUUUAUAAAACAUACAAACGAAUUUAUUGUUCUUAAUAUAAAACAUGAAUUAUAAGCCUUUCUAUUGUCAAUGUUUUUUAAACACAUUUUACCAUACAAAAUAAUGUACAAAUAUCAAACGAAUCAAAAUGUAAUUAUUAUUAUAAUUUUGAAUAUUGAUCUAAGGAGAUAAAUAAAAUAUAAAUAAUGUUACUA